GGGGGAAUCAUGUGUUGAGCCUGGAGGACCUUUCGACUUCUCGACAUCAAGCAAAUUGAGCUUUUUACUGUUUGAACAUUACGGUCGUUACGGAAACCGUUUCGGUUUUACAGUGUUGAAGAUAUGCAAAUCCUCAGAAAUCCUGCUCGGAAACAGCUUUUCCUACAGUCGACUUGUUAUGUUCUAGAAGUGUUAACUUCUUACAAGUUCUAAAAUGACAUCUUCCAUGACCGGCGGCAGCUCGAGCGUAACGUCUGGUCGCCGAGAUCGCAGAACCUCGAGUUCGUCCGAUGUGAUGGCGUCCAUGACUGCAUCAAGGGCUGCUGCAACGUAUUUCGACAAGAUUGAACGCUACGAACUUCAAGAGACUCUUGCUUACACCUCUAGUGACUGGCUACUUUCGACCGAAGACACACGGAUUUCUGUAGAACCUCCGCGAGGACUGAUUGCUGGGAUUCAAAUUCCCAGUGAUUUCAACAACUGUUUGCUUUUAAUCCCAGAGGAGGAAGGUAUCGAGCCCUUAGAGUUGCGAGAAAUGCAUCAAAUUGUUCGUGAACUGGUUAUCGGGAUCUACAUUUUGAAUCAAACUCCCUCAAUCAGUUUGGAAGCUAAUUAUGACUGCAGUACGUCUUGCCAGAUUCCCCCCGCUUACUUCGAUACAAGAAUUGGCCAGAUACUUUCCGAUGUAGAUUACAUGAUGAAAAGUUUAUGGCACGGGGCUUACUUUCCAAAGGAUAAAAGAACAAAAUUCGCAGAACGAUGGAGGCAAGCUGUGAAUUUAAACACAACAACUGGAGAACCUGAAACACGACGUAGUUUACAGCUUGUGUGGACAGAGGCGGGUAUCUCAGACCUUGCUAAAGAUCCCGAGCUUACUGCGGCUUAUGAGGCCUUGCCUUUGGAAAAUAAGGAUGAUCCAGUUGCUAUUGAGGAAAGGAGGCACUUCCUGAAGCAUGUUGAUGAACUAGCAUUGAAAUUAACUUUGUUUCAAAAUUCUGUCAAUCAACACCAAAACAUGUUCUUGAUUGACGCUAAUUAUCACAUCUCAAGUGUUGUGAGAUCAGACAAAAUUGAUCUUCCUGGUUAUGUAAAGCUACAGCGAAGGCUGGGUGUCCAUCAGGAGUUUAUCAGGAAAACUCUACCAUUAAAGCCAGAAGUGAAACGACAGCUUUGUCUCCUCAAGUUUAUAAGCUUCAUGGUGCCUUUUCUGAUUGCAAUCAAAAAGCGUUGUAAAGUUCCAGACAUUAAUAAACUCCUUCCUGCAUUUACAUUUGAGGAGUGUAAAACUGAACGUGAGUUUCCACCACUCAUCUUACGACCAGAGUUUAAGUGCAAGCAUUUUGAUCAUUCAGAGAAAUACUUUCAUCUUCAUGGAGGAAUUUCAAUUGAACGCAAAACUACCCCUGCUCAAAAGAUCCCCUCAGAAAUUGUAACAGAGCGGGAAAACCUGGAAUACAUAGCCUCUGAAGCUUGCAACAAAAUCAUGAGUUCUGACACUGUCAUGUUGGAGAGUUAUCCCAUGACAGCAGUUGAAAUCGAAAGCAAGAGUUAUUUUGUCCUGAACAUUCAUCUCGAGACAUAUUACCCAGUGUCACCAAAACACCCUUUAUGGAUACAUGCUCAUUAUGAUGAAAUCAUGAAAUUGAAACCUAAAAGGCUUCCUGUGCAUGAGUUACAAAUUCAUGAACAGUUUAAGAAGAGGUACGGUUACCAAAGAACAGUCAAACUCAAGCAGAUCCCUGCUGGGCUCCAAGCUAGUGCACAGAGGGGCCUUGUUUCGAUUUUUCACACUAUGACGAGGAGAUUGCCACCAUCCCGUCUAACAACGCAAGAUUCAUCAGGUCUGUCACUUAUCCAUCAUGCCGCCAUAUUUAACAGGCCUCAGAUUAUUACAAUGCUGGUGGUGAUGGGAUUUGAUGUAAAUGUUCGACGCUAUAACAACAUUUCAUCCCAAGGUGUAAGUCCACUUCACCUGGCAGCAAGAUGUGGUGCACUAGACAGCUUGAUUUGCUUGGUCACAUACAAAGCUGAUGUUAUGAUGUAUGACAGCCAGGGAUGGGUGUCGGUUCAUUAUGCUGCCUUUUUUAACCAUGUUGAUUGCCUUUUGCAUUUGAUACACCACGAACCCAAAUUACUUGAGCUUAAGUCAAAAGAUGCCUUGGAAUCAACACCAAUUCUUUUAGCAGCCUCCAGUGGUGCUCUUGAUGCAGUCAAGUGUCUAAUUGAACUUGGUUCACAGUACACAUCAGUAGAUAAGGAAGGAAAUGGAGCAGUUCACCUUGCUGCUCUUCAUUUUCACACCAAUACACUAGAGUACUUCAUCAGUUGGAACAAUAGUGAAGUUCCUGUCUGGGAUCUGUUAGUUGGUAUGUUGAAGUCAGAUGACACCAAGAGAAAGCACAGUGCAGUCAGAUGUCUUGAAGUUUUGUCCCUUGCUGCAGAAAACAACUGGAAAUGUAUCCUACUUGCAGGAGGAGUCCCUGCGCUUGUAGAUCUACUCAGACUUGAAAAUGUUGAGCUUCAGUCACUUGCAGCAUCUGUUUUGUGCAACAUUGGCAGUCAUGGUGAAGUAAGAGCUGAAGUAUCAAAAGCAAAUGCCACUCCUGUAGUUGUCAGCUUGUUAGAUUCACCAGUACCUAUGAUCCAUUCCCGUGCAGCAGUUAUACUUGGUGACUUGGCUUGUUUGGAUGUGAAUCAGGAAAAGAUUGCAGAAGAAGGUACUGUGGGCAAUAUUCAGCUUUAUUAAGUUACCUUUUUGAAUACUUUGGAAUACUUUGUUUCUGUUUUUGAGCGGUACAGGGGUGUUAAGAAUAUGGUGGUACCCUCUUGCGUUUUUUUUAGUUCCCAUGCAUUAAUAUUUUAUGCCUGAAAAACAUUUUGUCCCUUUAGGAGGAAUAGAGCCACUGGUAAGAUUGUUGGACUCCAAGCUUGAGCAUGUGUUGGUCAACUGUGUCAAUGCUCUCAGGGUUUUGUGUGAUGGUAACCAUAGCAACCAGACAGCUGUGGCUCAGAUUGGUGCUGUUGCUAUUCUCACUGAACUUUUAAGUAAGUUAUUUUAAAACUUAAGUUAAAAAUAGUUUUUUUACUGGCUCUCAUUUCCUGGUAAAUCUCUGGUAACAAUUUUUGGCUGAAAUAUCAGGACAACUUCUUCAAGUUGUAACUUAGAUUAUGAGAAAAAGAAGUAUAGAUAGGUCAUAAUGAAAAUGGUUUAAAAUAGAUUUUUUUAUGCAAGUUUUGCACCCAAUUAUCAAUUCGAAACUUGAACAUCCCCCCUCCCCCCAAGCAAACCCAUUGCAUUGAAGUAAUGUAACGGCAAUGUAAACAGGCCUGUUUUAAAAGGUUUCAAAAGAUGCGUGAGGGGUUCCUGGGGAAUUUUGCAGUUAUGAAUUGAUCAAUUGAUCAUCACAUUAUUCCUUUAAGUCCCAAGAGUGGCCCACAGCAAUUUUCUCAGGACUAACAAUCAUUAUCAAGAGAUUAGUUAAAGAUCACACAAGGAAAAACUGCUUUAAUCUUCCAACAAAUUUUCUCAUCUAAUGCUUUGAGUAAAUGUAUGGAAAGCAGUCUGGAGAAUUUGUAUGUGGAUAUUGGGGCUUAAAGGGAAGGGAAGUAUUUAUAAAUGAAAUAAGUACUAGCGAUCUCUGUGUGAGUAAUACUGACUAUCCUGAUCAGCUGUGUUCUCUAUUCGAUAAUACUCUUUGCUCUCUACUUGAUCAUCAUGCUCCUGUUAUACGUCAGAGAAUUACUGUUUGACCAAGAGGUCCAUGGAUGACUGAUACUUGGUAGCUAAAGAACAAUGGAGGAAAGCUGAAAAGACAUGGAGAACUUCCAGAUCACACACCAAUUUAUUAGGUUUUCGUUCUGCAAGGAAUUAUUUAACCUUUGUUAUGAACAAGGCUCACUGUGAUUACUACACAAACUUUGUUAAUGUGAACAGUGUGAACCAAAGGAGAUUAUUCAAUGCAAGCAAAUCACUUUUGAAUAUAUCAAGAUCUGCUAGCCUACCUUUAUCUGCCAAUGAUCAUCAGCUAGCUAACAAUUUUGGUGCAUCGUUUACCAAGAAACGAAAAUGCCAUUAUUUCAGCAAUACUAAUGGUACCGUUACCAAUUCCACUUUUUCUGAAUUCAACCUUCUCUCCGAAUCUGAAGUAUAUGGCCUCAUUACAUUAUUAUCAAAGACAUCUUGUCCUCUUGAUCCCAUAUCCCAACCAAACUUGUUUUUGAAUGCCUUGAUGUGCUACCGCCUCCGAUCACUAGAGUAAUAACCUUUCUCUUGAUUCUGGAUACUUUCCUUGUGCUUGGAAGCAUACUUUGGUAUGGGCAUAGUUAAAGAAAGAUGGUUUAGAUCUCCUCUUUAAAAAUUACAGUCCUGUGAGUAAUUUUGUGUAUGUUUUAAAACUUGUAGGGACUGCAGUUGCUAAGCAACUACAACAUUAUCUGUUUAGCAAUGAUCUGCUUCCAGCAUCACAAUCAGCAUAUCAUCCCAAUCACUGCACAGAGACUUCUUUGUUGAGAGUCACAAGUGACGUUCUUCUUAAUACGAACAAUCAAUGUGUUACUUUGCUUCUACUACUAGACUUGAGCACCCCUUUUGAUACCGUGAUUAUGAUACUCUAUUGCAUGGAGCUCCAGUUUUCAUUUUGUAUCCAAGGAAAAGUUCUCUUUUGGUUUAAGUCAUAUUUGUCUUGAAGAUCUCAGCAAGUAUUGAGCAAUGACAUAUUCUCUGAUGAGUUCUCUUUAUGCUGUAUACAAGUAAGCUUUUUGAGAUUGUUAAAACCCAUCUUCCUGAAGUUCAUUGUUAUGCACUCUCAGAUAUUACACAGGUUUUCAUUUCAUUUAGCCCUAAUCUUAUCUGUCAGACCGGCUUUCAGCCUUAAAAAGAAUGGAAAAUUGCAUAUCAGAUGUUUGUGGAUGUUGAAUGACAAUCUCAAAUUGAAUGACGACAAAACUGAAUUUCUCAUUAUAAUUUGGCACACCAGAACAGCUGGAAAAGGUGGACAUCAUGAGUAUCUGCGUGGGUAGCUCUGACAUUCAUCCUGUUCCCACUGCAAGUAAUCUAAGUUUCUGGUUUGAUUCUAGGCUGUCCAUGUGAAAGCAUAUUACAAAGAUCUAGCCUACAACAUACAACACAUCAGGAAUUAUCUGUCACAAAAAUCAACCGAGACACUUAUUCAUGUUUUCAUAUCCAGUUGUCUUGACUACUGCAACGGCUUAUUGUAUGGCCUGCUUUAUUCGUCACUACAUAAGCUACAGCACGUACAACACAAAUGCUUGUGCAUUUUUAAUGAACACAAAUUUUUUCACAUAAUUCCUGGCCUUAUAAUGGAGUUGCACUGGUUACCAAUUAAAUGUAGAUUAGAGUUCAAAACUUUUUUGAUUACUUUUAAGAUUCUUCAUGUUUUAGCUCCAUCUUUUUUAUCAUCUCUUAUUUCUCUUAGGCCUCCAUCAAGAUAUAAUCUCAGGAUCUCAAAUGAGAAUCUUUUACUUAGUUAUCCCAGUAUCUUAUGCAAAGCAGCACUUGGUGAUAGGUCCUUCACUUGCGCUGCUCCAAGGCUCUGGAACUCUUUGCUAUUUGAUGUCAGAUGCACCAAAUCUGUUGAUGUUUUUAAAGGAAAGCUUAAAACAAGCCUAUUUAGUUCAGCAUGUUUAUUAUCAUAACUUAAAGUAUGUAACAUUUGAUCAUUGUAAUAUUUUAUUGUGCAUUUUUAAAUUUAAGCUGCUAUUUUUGUCUAUUUAAAUUUUGGAUCUUACUUUCUAACUGACUGUCAUGCGCACUAUAAAACCCAAUGUAUUAUUAUUAUUAUUAUUAUUAUCAUUAUUAUUAUUAUCAUUAUUAUCUCUAUUAUCACAGUCUUUGCUGGUGUUCUUUUUGUGCAUCAGCCGGGCGCAAACCAUGCACCUAGAGCAUCAGUCACUCAAGUCAAUCAUUCUGUUCAUACACUGAGCACCUUUCUGAGGAUUCGUGCAGAUCCCAGCAUGCAGAUCUUUUGAAUCUCUGUCAUAUUAGCUCUUUCUGAUACUUUCUUGAUGUUUUCUACCAUACCAUUCUUCACUGUACCAAGCGCACCAACAACCACAGAGAUCACUACAGUUUUCAUAUGCCACAUUCUCUGUAUUUCUAGUUCCAGAUCUUUGUACUUGCAUUUUUUUUCAGUUUCCUUCAGUGCGAUGUUUCUAUCUGAUGGAACAGUCAUAUCAAUAAGUUUGCAGGUGGAAUUCACUGAAUCUUUAACGAUGAUAUCUGGUCUGUUCGCUGUUAUAGUUCUAUCAGUGUUGACUGGCAUGUCCCACAUAAUGGUGAUGUUGUUAUCUUUAUUGUGUAUCACGGUCUCUGGUUCGUGUUCGUACCAUUUGUCUGUAAUCUCUAUAUCAUGAUCUUUACAUAUGCUCCAAUGGAGAUAUGCUGCAGCAUUAUUGUGCCUGGAGAUGUACUCUGUUUUGGCUAAUACCUCACAUCCAGAUACAAUAUAGUCCACUGUCUCUUCAUGUUGCGAACACAAUCUGCAUUUGCUCUCCACUUGCUGGCCAUAUAUUACUUUCUGGUAGUUUCUGGUGUUUAUUGCCUGGUCUUGAGCUGCAACAAGUAGUCCCUCUGUUUCUCCUUUCAAAUUACUUGACAACCAUUUGUUGGUGGUGACUGUGUCUACAUGAGGCUUCUCUAGGAUCUUUGGAUACUGGCCAUGCAAUGCUUUGUUUUUCCACUUUUCUUCUUUCAUUGACUUCAUCCUGGACUUAAACACGUGUUUCAGGGCUUUAGCAUUUUCAGAGGCAGAUUUAUCUUCUCUGUUCUCAAUCUCUGACAUUGUUAUACUUCCCUUUUGAAUUUAGUAGAAUUCUUGGAUAUUGAAUUUUUGGCUUUAGAUCUUUCAUGUUCAAGCACCUGCUUUGGAUAUUGCCCUUCCUUGUGCUUCAGAUAGUGAUCAAGCCCUAUUGUUGCAGUUUUGAAUGCUGUUUCUACAUCAAUCAGGCCCCUACCUCCAUCUUUUCUUGGGAUGUACAGCCUUUCCACAUCUGCUUUAGGAUGUAACAUCUUGUGCAUGUGUGUUUUUGUGUCAAUCUUCUUCAGUUCUGAGAUUUUCCAGUCAAUGAUGCCAAAGCUUAAUAUUGCACAACUGGGACUGCAAGACUAUUGAUAGCUUCUAUUUUGUUUCUUCCAUUGAGCUCAGUUCUUAGGAUUAAUCUUACUCUCCUAUUAUAUUCUUUUCUUAUCUUUUCUUUCAUUUUGCUAUUAUGCUGGAUACCAUCACUUUCAUCUACACCCAGGUAUUUGUAUACUCCUUCCUGGUCCAACUCUUUUAUUUCUGUGUCAUCAUCUAUUAUUAUGUUUCCAGUUGAGGCCAGUUUACCUUUCAUGAAACUGGCUUUGGCAUAUUUCUCAAGUCCAAAUUCCAUACCAAUAUCAUGACUGAAUUGUUUCACUAUUUUCAGUUCUCCAACUUGUUCUUGCUUGUUCUUGCUAUACAAUUUUAGAUCAUCCAUAUAAAACAGAUUGCUUAUUGGAGCACUUGUGUUUAAGAUCUUGUAACCAUACCCAGAUGUAGCCAGCUCUGAUGUUAAAGGCACAAGGGCUAGGCAAAAUAGCAGAGGUGAGAAUGAAUCUCCUUGAAAGAUCCCUCUUUUGAUCUUGAUUUGAUCUGUUGUGAUACAUCCAUCAUUGUAAGAUAGCUUCAUCGUAGUUUUCCAGUUGCUCAUUGAGGUUCUCAUGAACUUGAUUAGUUUUUCAUUAAAUCUGUAAAUCUGUAAGGUCUUCAGUAUCCAGCUGUGAGGAACACUAUCAUAGGCUUUUCUGUAGUCUAUCCAAGUCAUACUCAAGUUCUUUUUCUUCUUUUUGCAGUCCUCUAUGAUCAUUUUAUUUAUUAGGAGCUGAUCUUUGCAUCCAUAUGAACCCCUGACACAACCUCUCUGUUCUUCCGGCAAUAUAUCAUUCUUUGUGAUAUAGGUGUAGCUUCUUUCAGUUAAAAUCGAUGUGAGCACCUUGUAGGAUGUUGAUAAACAGGCAAUUGGUCUAUAGUUUUUGGGGUUCUCUGUGCCUUUGUUCUUUGGUAGUAAAUAUGUUUGUGCUGUAGUGAACCAAUCAGCAGACUGGGUUUUCUAUUGCUUGGUUAUAUGCAUUCAGUAGGUGUUGAUUUAGUGAUGUGAGUUGCUUUAGCCAGAAGUUAGGAACUGCAUCAGGGCCGGGUGACUUCCAGUUGCUUGCUUUCUUUAAAACAGUCUGCAACUCAUCUUGGCUUAUGUCCUCCCAUGGUUGGCAUUCUGUAUCAGCAUAUUUCUGCUCCUCCCUCUUUAUCCACUCUGCUGAAUGGUUGUGCUCUCUAUCGUUCUCCAAGAUGUUACGCCAAAAUGUUUCUGUUGCUUCUUUCUUAGGUGGUUUUAUUAUUAUUAUUAUUAUUAUUAUUAUUAUUAUUAAAGGGUUAACUUGGAAAAGUUUUAUGGCAAUGAUUAUUCAUUUUGUCAAUAAAAGUCAUUUUAUCUUAAGUUGCUAGUUUUAAGUUUACAUGAGGAACAUCAGAUUGUAAUAAGGUAUACCCUUGGCUAUUAAAUCCUAGGUGCCAAAUCAAAGAAUCUGCAAGCCAAUACUGCCGCUUGCCUCAGCUCUUUAGCCAAGAACCAUCGUGAAAACCAAGACUUGAUUGUAGCAACAGGAGCUGUCAAACCUUUGGUGGUAUUAGCAAAGAGCACCAAAACGUUAUGCCAAGUGAAGGCUGCAAGUGCUCUGGAGUCUCUUGCUUCAAAUAACCCUGAAGCACAGAAAGAGAUUGACACAGCUGAUGCACAACGUCCUCUGAUAAGACUUCUUAAAAUGUGGGCCAUUGAAGUGAAGGAACAAGGUAUGUUGUAAUCUCCAGGUCAUUAGUCUAAUAGCUAUAGUCGAACACUGUUGAAAGAAUUCACAACUGAAGAUAAUGCCAGUAACCAAAACUCAUGCAUGUAAAAAUUACUUAGCUAUACAUUGGCAAAUAAAGAAACGAUAAGUAAUUUAGUAUUUUGAUACCUAAAGUUGCAUUCAAAUUAUUAAGGUUAUUAAUGCUCAGUGGAAAGUAACAGGCCAUUUUUUGCAGCCAGUAAUUCACAGGGUACAAAACUGCCUUGUUGGAGAGUGAGGGAAGCACUGGAACAAGAUGAACAAAAGGUUUAAAAUGUCAUUUUAAUUGGUAAUGAAUUCCUUUGAUUGUCUUGUCCCAGUGCAUUUCUUGCUCUACAGCAUGGUGGUAAUUGUACUAUGUGAAUGACUAGUUGCCAAAGGCCUACAUAUGUAUCUCGUGAUGCCUGUUUGGAUUCGAAUGCAUUUUCACUUGAAUCACAAUAGGGAUUCUAAAUGCCAAGGUCUUGUCUCAAUGCCGCACUCGGUGAUAGGUCCUUCACUUGCGCUGCUCCAAGGCUCUGGAACUCUUUGCUAUUUGAUGUCAGAUGCACCAAAUCUGUUGAUGUUUUUAAAGUAAAGGUUAAAACACACCUAUUUAGUUCAGCAUGUUUAUUAUAAUAACUUAAAGUAUGUAGCAUUUGAUCAUUGUAAUAUUUUGCGUCAGGGAAUUACUGUUUGACCAAGAGGUCCAUGGAUAACUGAUACCUGGUAGCUAAAGAACAAUGGAGGGGCACCCAACGCCAAUUUUCGGAAAAUAUCUGUUCGGAAGACGAUUUGAUAUCUAGAAUUUUUGGAACAUUUGUUGUAAAAUUUCUUGCUUGCAGCUUCUCCUAGAAUUUCCGAACAACAAAAAAAUGGUAUAAUUGCCCAUUUUUAACGGCUUUUGACCCUUAAAAGGUCACCUAGAAUUUUCGGGAGCCAUUUUUCUGGCUAAAAUUUUCGAAAAGGUACAUGUAAGUUUUGAUACCUAUAAUUUUCGGAUCACUAGACUUUCAGCUAGGAAAUCCGAACAAAUGAAAAAUUUUUCGGAGAUAAAAAUAUGCCUAUAUCUACCGUUUAAAUACUAAAAAACGUUUAACAGUGCUAUGUUUAAGUGGUUUUGAACUAUAUUCUCGAUGGGUGCCCCUGCAAGGUGUCCAAGAGCAUGGUGUGAAUUUGCUGUGGCCUCAAAUAAGGAGGAAAAAAUAAUCAGAUUUUUCUUGAAUAGAUUUGGGAAGGCUUGAUUCUAAUUGAUGCUUUCACAAUCCUUUUAAAAACAGUAAAAGUGCUUUAAUGUGUACAUACACAUAUUUGCCAGUGUUGAUAAUAAAGUUCCAGUAAUAGAGUCAUAAAAAUUAAAUUUUUGAAAUUAUGGGAUUUGUUGGGAUAUUUUGAAAGAACAACAUCCAAAAGGCGUACUUGCCACAAGUUAGCAUUCCAGAGCAAAUUGUCUCGGAGACACUAGUCCCGUUUUGCCCAUAUGACUCCAUAAAAAGCCUUCUAAAUAGGCGAGUUUCGUAUUCCCGGGUGGCCUAGGACAAGUGUUUUUUUGCGCGAAAGCGAGGCUAAUGCGGGUCACUUGUCACCAAAAAGACAAGCAAACCUGAGAAAACUGCGGCUGAGUUGCCGAAAAAAAGGAAAAUUUGAAACGUUGAACGGUUUUGGAGGUCUCUAAACUUACUUACAUUGUUUCAAACAGCAAAGGGAAAAUUAGCUCGUCAUCACUAAGAAAAUCAAUAAGCCUAACCAGAAAUUGGCCGAAAUAGUAAUCGGUGGGUGAGUGCAAUGAAAAUGCGAAGAUGGUUUCAAAUCCUUAAACAAGGUUAUACCCUGAAGCCAUUUUAAUGUUAUAUUCAGUGAUGGUUAAAACUACUUUAAACCUACCUUCCAUUGGAGUGUACUUGCUUGUCGAAAGCCUGCAAUUGAAACUAAAACUUUCUUUUUAGUUGACAUUUUUUCUAACGGAGCGAAUGCAAAAUCUUGUGUAUUUGAUAAAAAAUAAACCGACGGGGCAGACUUUCUGCAUAAAUUCCUUGCUCUGUAAGGACGCUAAAUCGAUUUAAACGAAGAUGACUAAAAUAGCAUGAGCUUAUUUAUACAUAAUUUACAUUUAGCGUGUAUAAUUUAUAAAAAUAUUCAGUCACAUAAAGAAAAACGUACGCACAUUUCACUCGACAAGAACUUAAACACAGAAUUUUAUACAGACGAUAUACUGAGCCAUGUAAACUCCAUUUUGCAGAUAUACACACGGGGAAAAGUAGAGUACUAACAAAUAAGAUGAUUAAAGGGAGUAAAAGAUUGUCAUUUUAACAUACUUUACCCUUUUCAAGCUUAAAAAUUUUACUUCUUCUUUCGUCUUUGCCACUUUUUUCCUUUGUUCUGUAUAGUACGAACAGCUUUUUCCACAAUUUUGUUGUUUGCAACAGAUAUCCUUUUGGCUUACUGGUAAAGUUUAAGCUUUGAGAUCUUACUAUAUUAAAGAUUUCUAUCGUUUUCCAGCGUAUCAGCGGCAAAUUACCUAUCUUUGUUUUUGUUUUUGCAAAGAAGUUGACCCUCAUUCCCUCUUUAUCCUCGAAAUCGUGCUCGUUCCAGGGCUGUCGGGAAAUAUGAAACUUUGAAGGAUUUGUAUGGAGUCAUCAGAGCAUAACUAGGCAAAUAUAUCAAAGACCAUUCUGGAAUGCUGAUUUUUGGCAAGUAGGGAUUUUGAAUAUUAUUCUUUCAUAAUACCCCCAAAAAUCCCGUAAUUUCACAAAUUUAAUUAUUUUAUGACGUCACAUUUUAGGACUCUAUAAUGUGUGUUUUUCUUUUCUAUUUUAGGUGCCAGUGCCUUGUGGGCACUAGCAGGUGUCACUCGACAUCAACAGCAACGGAUCGCCAGCAUGAUUGGCAUUAACAUCCUUGUCGAUAUGCUCAUGCUAAAAUCAGAGACAUUGCAGUACAUUGCGGGAAUGGCCAUCAUUGCUCUGACUAUGGAAAACAUCGAAAACCAGGAUAAGAUAGUUGCUGGAGGUGGAGUUCAGCCACUUGUAAGACUCCUGAGAUCUCCUAAAACAUCUGAAAAGGUAGUGGAUAUUCUUACAACACAUUUAAGUGGAUAUUCAUGCAACACUUUUCCCGAACAUUAUGAAGGAUGUCUAGGAGAUCUUUUAUUUUUCAAAUCCUUCGUUUUGCGUUAAGGUGGCUCGAUACAGUUUUUUCAGGGUCAGUACCUCCCAAAUUUGAGCAUAAACUAAGUCGCCAUAAAGAGAGAUUUGGAAAAAUUGACGCCACAGUUGUAUUAAAUAAAGAUAUAAAUUUGCUGUGAUCAGGGUUGCAAUGACAUCGGAGUUCUCAUAGCAACGAAAUGACGCCAUUACCUAAUUUACUUCCAGCAGUAUUUCUCGGCACUGGGAACUCUUCUUCCUAAAUCGUUUACUGGAGCUUUUUUCUCCAAUAGCCGCCUCGAUGUUCGUGAAGUUUAAGCAAAAUCUGUAAGAGCGUUAUCGAGAUAUUUUGUGAAGAAGCUUUUAUGGUUAGAAAUACGUUAAAAAAUGGACAAUCUUGAUGUUUGACGGUUAUCUGUACUAAACGAAGCGCUUUUGACAUGCAAUUUCACCUGAUAGUAGUUUCAAUCUUCUCGAAAGCGUGUGUGAAAGAUCAUGGAGAUGCCUCCAGCCGAUUGCUAGAAAAAAGGAUUUGAUUAGUGUGUAUCGGGGCGCUCUUGUUAGCGGUAAUAUAAACAUUUCGGUCUACUUUUAACAAUCAGCGAAUAAUUUUUAAACCGGUCGAUAGAUUUUCUAAUAAAUUUAAGAAUCUUCAGAUUAACCGUCCUUUUAUAUGACCUCUUAGUUUCAAGAUUAUUGAUAUAUUGGAAGGUAGUAAAAUAAGGAUUACAAUUCGCUAAUAUUUUGUAAGAAAUUUUGUCUUUACAAGUGAGAGCCUAUUAUUAUUCAGGGCCAUUGUCUCAAAGUUUCAUUUUCACGUGAACAGCAGUAGCUAACAAUGCAUUUGACAUAUGAAAAAUGCUAGCUAUUGUUGUGCACGAAAAUAUAAAACUUGGAGACAAUACCCCUGAAUAAUGAGAGGCUCUCACUUGUAAACACAAAAUUUCUGACAAAAUAUUAGCGAAUUGUAGCCCUUAUUUUACUGCCUCACAAUAUAGCAAUAAUCUUGAAACUAAGAGGUCAUAUAAAAGGACGGUUAAUCUGACCCGGAAAAACUGUAUCGAGCCACCUUAAAUGUGUUUGUCUCGUACAUCUGCUUCCGUUGUAAGGUACUGUACGAGUCCAAAUCCUUCCUAGUCUUUACAAUGAUGUAAAUUUCUCACUGAUAUAGUGAUAUAUAGAUUUAGCCAAGGCUAAAAGCGAAGCGUCCAUUUUUAUACUUAAAACUACUUAAACUGACCCAAAAAAAUAGAACGAACAAGCUUCAAACUAUGAAAAUCCAGAAAUUUAUACUUUUGAUUUUAAAACAAAAAAAGAAAGUUAUAAAUCAAUUAAUUCGAUCACAUUAAUAGUCUUGGAAAAGACUUCUCACCCAUACGUGUGCAUCACUAACCCCUCCAACAGAGAGUUUAUUUUAUUCUCGGGCAUUUUGUGAUAAUGAUGAUUUGGUCUGUUGAUCAUCAGGUUCUGCUUAUGGUGAUCCGUGUUCUUGGUAUUCUGUGUGUUGGCGUGGCACAUCAAUCCAACAAGUCCACACAACUUGAAAUAACAAACGCUGAAGCGCUUGUUACUCUUGUUCAUCUUCUACGUUCCUCCAAGAAGCCGUUAAUUCAGGUUUGUUAUUAUAUCUUCUAACUCUUCCAUUAAAAGCUAAAAAAUAGAAAGAUAUUCUAUUAAGAGGUGCGUGCGCGUUUCCGAAGAGAUAUUUAUGAGUGCUCGGCAAUACUAGUCGAACUGCGUUGCAUCAAAUUGUUGUUAUGAAGGUGUACUUUUAUUUCUUUUUCGUUGUUAAGGCCGUGUUUUAUCCUAAAAUCAUCAUCAUGUUGUAACUGUGUGGCGCUGUCGAAAGUUUCUCGUCCUUCAGUCGAGAGAGAGACAACCGAAGGGCCCCCUUGUAACCGCAAACUGCCAAGUUCGUUUCUGGUUGCUCAUCGGAUGUGAAAGUCAAGGUAGCCGCCGUUGACGUUUUUCAGUUUCAUCCAUCACACAAAGUGAAUAAAACAAGUAUUUGAGGAUAUACGUCGUCGAACAUCGAAAUUAUGUUCAACGUUAAAGCUUGCCUUCUAAUAAGUGGCGAAAAACUUUCCCCAAAUUACUUAGAAAGACUUCAAUUAAUCAAUGGAUUCACUUAAAUUAAUCAGUGGACUCAAGGGUUUUAACAUAGUUUUGACUGAUGGUAUUCUAUAUUGAUGCAGUAUACAUUUUAUCUGAAAAAAGAAGUUAAUAAGAAGAUAAUCUUUUUCUAUUAUUCUUCUUCUUCUCCUCUUGUGUUGCUACAGGUGGAAGUUGCCAUCACUCUUGGUAAAAUAGUCCUGAACAACACGCAAACCCAAAAGCUUCUCGCAGAGCAAACAAAAUUCCGGGUCACCGAACUUCUUCAUCACCUCGCAAACAAAGAAGAGACCGUCCGGCACAAGGCUGGAAUGGCUCUCGCAACGUUUGCUUACAACAACACUUCUCAACAAUACGCCAUUAAGAACGCUGGUGGAAUUGCACUGCAAUCAUUUGAAGAGUUUCUGGGGUCUGAGAACGAAUUGUACCAAGCCCAUGCGGCUUUUCAGAUCAUUGUCUUAGCGCGAGUGAUAGACAGUGAUCAAGUGAAUCUGACUGCACGUGGUGUUGAAUUACUAGUGCAGUUGUUACGUUCAGAACAAGACAGUACACAAAUUCUUGCUGCUAGUUUGACGGCUAGCCUCGGUCACACGCGGGCUGGUGUUCCUGCGGCACUUAUCACCGCAGGUAGGCGAAGCUACUAGUCUUUUUUUUAUACCAAGUGACCAUGUGCUACGUUUGAAAACGUCCAAACUGUUUUUAUCUAUCAAAAAGUAAAUUUAAGAUUAUGUUGAUCCGAGCAGUAUGCAAAACAUGAGUGUGGUAUUAUUGAUAGUCGUGCAAGGAGAAUUGAUACUAGCCUGCCUAGCUGGCGGGAUUAGCGUGCGAGGGCUGUAUUGUUUGGGCGGCGAGAAGAGUGGGUACAAAUCAAUUUGAAAUCUCGCCUGGGUAUUUUAAAUAGUCCGCAGCCAGGCGUACGGAAGUUUCAAAUUGGCUGAGAGGCGAUGAAAUGCUAAUCAAAUGAUAACUGAUAUCUCUACUUUUGUCACGCAAUGCAAACUUCCUGAUCCAUCCGAACUAAACGUCAAAAGGGUGCUUUAUCAUUUAAAACUGGCGCCUUAGAAAAACAGGUGCAAUAUACUGUGGACGAUUCUUCGUUUUACAUGAGCAAAUGUUAUCUUUGCCGAUUGAGGGGUCAUGAGGCCCAUGUGUUUUCUGUGCAUUCCAGCAUUGAUUUCUUGUGGUUUUUGUCUCUGACAGAAUUUGACCUCUGAAGCAGUUUAGGAAAUUCUUUGACCCUUUGGAAGCAUAAGGCUUUUUAUUAUAUACAUACUGAGAAAUACUCACCAAAAAGCUAUGUCGUAAAUUUUCGUACGCAAAUUAGUUAUAGCCAAUCAGAGGAGCGAACGAUGGUUUUCACACGUGAAAAAAACGAUACGUCCAAUCAGAAUCGCGAACGAUGUUUUUUCACGUGUGAGAAAAAUGAUACGUCCAAUCAGAAGCCACAGAGGUGUGCGAGUUUCGCGCCAAAAUUCCCGCCUUUUAUUGCAGCUUGCAGCGCCGCUUCGCACACAUUUAUCAACGAGAAAAGUUUUACUCAAGGAGUUUUUCUCGCUAAAAAAGUGAAAAACAUUUCGGAAAUGGAGUGGAAUAGUUUCGUUUGUUUCACUGUCGAUAAAAAAAUACGGUAGAGAGCCGGCGAAACAACAGCGGAAAGGGAUAAACAGAACGAGACGUAAGCUUUUGUUGUGCUUUUUGUCGGAGCUACUUUGCCUUUCAUUUAAGCUUAAGCUUAUAUUGAAACCGGCCAUUUUACUUAAAUUCACUCAUUUUCAAUUGUGCAUUGAGAACAAACAGUCAAGAUUACUUAUAGUUCUUGGAUUAAACCUCAUAUCCUCACCGUCAUUUAUGUUUUUAACAAACGUUUUUACUAAAAAGCUGAUACUUCGUUUUCGUUGUCAUUUUGCGGUAAGUGUGUAGCGGCAAAUUUUAGCAUUUUUGAAAGAUUUAAAAUAAAAAGGCCCGCAAAAUGAUGAAUGACUCAGUAUGUAUAUAAUAAACACAAUACCACAUGGAAAGUGCUUUGUACGGUAUUUACGCACUCGUUGUUUUUGUAUCAGAAAUCUUACUCGUUCGCUGCGCUCACUCGUUCGAUUUCUGAUACGUCAACAACUCGUGCGUAAAUACCGUACGCCAGCACUUUCCAUGAAGUAUUCUCUAUUUAUUGCGGCUAAAUGACCGUUUAAUAAAGGUUUUAGUUUCUCAAGUUUGGAGUAACCGCAGAAUACCCUGUCUGGAUGCUGAACAACUUGCAAUGAUUGUUACGCUUGGCCUGGUUCGUUUGCAGGUCGUUUACACCACUCUUCCUGAUUGGGUAAUCAAAUGGUUCCAACCAAGCGGACAAAAGUGGGCGGCAUUCAAAACUCAUAAGAAAUGUGGCAGGCGGGAUUUUCCGUCGCGGCUCCGCCGCCAAGAAAGCACCCCGAACACAAGAAUUCCGCCAGCUACGCAGGCUAAAUUGAUACCAUCUCCUGAUAAAGAUCAGCAGGCGAUGAAUGUUCAAAAUGUGGCUGUCAAUAGCAGUGACUAUCCUGAGUGUUCGUGUUUUCUUUGCUUUCAGGUUCCGUGGAAGCUCUCCUCGCCAACCUGUCUUCUGCAAAUGAGGAAGUCCGAAGCAGUGCUGCCGUUGCCCUGGGUUACCUUUCAUUUGACCGAACUGCUUCCCGGUUGAUGUUGCAAGCAUGUAGAAACACCCCAGGACUGCUAGAAUCACUUGUCUGUAACCUUGGCAACGGUAAAAUAUCCAUGGAAUUUAUGGAUGAGUGGAGGCAGACCAAGUUGGUUGGGCUGCCAUCUGCCAGGUUAGUCACGUGUUUUUUAUUUAACUGUGUUCUUAUGCUUUUGUGGACUGACAAAACGUGGGGAGAAGACGAAACAAGAAAUUCGCGCCGUUAACAAUGCUUCACUAUUGAUAUUAUCAAAGGAAUUUUUUCCUUGUCUUCAAAUUACUAAAAAAGCAUAUUUAGCGCCUUUCUUUCUUCCGUUCACGACUUGAAUCCAUCCAUUUUUUUGUUACAACAUACACCGUUUGCUGUUCAUUGCGAGAAAAAACACGCAAUCAUUUGCGUGAAACGGCGACCAAUAGUGCGAAAAUUCAUUCAUUUAACAUUUGCGCAUCAAUAUCAUAUUCAACAAGACGCUGUGGGAGCGUUUACUUAGGCGCCGUUUAAUUUCGUGUAUUCUAAUUUUUGUGUGUGUGCCAGGGAUGUUUGAGUAAUGCAUUAGUGUUAUAUUUUGGACGUGUUUGGUAUGAUAACGGCUGUAGCUUAUUAAUCGUUUUUAUUGGUUUGUGGUAGAACUUAUAUUAAGUAGCAUAAAAUAGUUUUGUUGGAAGAUAAAGUGAUUUUAGGUGUUGCAGCGAGAUAGUUUUGGUUAAAAAGGGAUAGUGUCACUAUAGUCUUGUUUA